GUGUACAGCAUACAGCACAACUCAGUGAAAAUUAGAUACACACAUGGAAGACUCAGGUUGCAAUUUACUAACACUAAUGAGGCAUAUCUUUGUUGCCACUUUGUUUCUAUUAGUCCUCCUAACUGUUAUGAGUGCCAACACCAUGGUGGCAGCAUGGAAUUCCUCGUCCUUGAACGAGGAACAAAGGGCCUUGCUCCAUAUCGGGUGGACGGAAGGUCGCAACAUCUCAAAACAUUGUAACUGGACUGGUAUUGUGUGCAAUGAAGCUGCAAGUGUCAUAGAGAUUUCAACAAGGCGUUAUUUUGUUAUCCCUCCAUCUGAAUUGAGGAACUUCAAUUUUACUGCAUUCCCCAAUUUGAUCCGUCUAGAACUGAGUGGCAUGAGACUCAAGGGAAUUAUUCCUACUGAAAUAAGCACUCUUACAAAGCUUAUGUACCUUGAUCUUUCCUGUAACUAUCUUGAAAGUGGGUUACCUACCUCAAUCUCAAAUCUCACUCAACUUAUAACACUUAAUGUUUCUAACAACUUUCUCAGUGGUGUUAUUCCAUCUACUUUUGGGCACCUCAAGUAUUUGGUUGAACUCUCCCUAGACUCGAACCAACUUCAACAUCCCAUUCCUAAAGACUUAGGGAACUUGAAGCAUUUGUCUCUUUCAAAUAACUCAUUCAAUUGUUCAAUCCCUCCCUCUAUGGGGCAAUUGGAUAAAUUGAAAUUUCUCUCCCUUGGUUCGAACCAUAUCGAAGGUCCCAUCCCCAUAGAACUAGAGCACUUGGUCAAUCUGGAAGUUUUAGACCUUUCUCACAACAAGAUUUCUGGUGUUAUACCAUCUUGCAUUGGACAACUCUCUAGACUUUCAAUACUAGAUGUUUCCAACAAUAGACUUGAGGGACCAAUUCCAUUUGGUAUUCUAAAUCAUUGCAAUUAUGUGCAACUAAGUAAUAAUUCUAUAAGUGGAUCCCUUCCUUCUCAAAUUGGCAAUCUUUCUUAUCUUGACCUUAGUUACAAUAACCUCUCUGGAAACAUACCUGUGGGAAUCUAUUCUGUAUCCUACCUCAACAUCUCUUACAAUUCCUUUGAUUCGGAUCACCAACUUUGUGAUUUUCUGAAAGACUCAUUGAUUGGUAAUAAUCCCCCUUGCUAUUCUGCAACUCAUGAUCACUCAAGUCCUAUUCUUGCGGUAAUCAGUGUCCAUCUUAUAUGGCAUAUGCAUUUCAAUAGUAUUUGUAUGCCUAGAUUUCUGGUGUCCAUUCCAAAAUGAGUCCAAAGAUGAUAAUCAAAGGAACAAUGGAGAUUUCGUUUCAAUUUGGAACUAUGAUGGUAAAAUUGCAUUUAAAGACAUAAUUAAAGCCACAGAAGACUUUGAUAUAAGGUAUUGCAUUGGAACAGGUGCUAAUGGAAGUGUCUACAAAGCACAGCUUCCUAGUGGCAGAAAUGUUGCACUAAAGAAGCUUCACAAUACGGAGUCUGAAAAUCCAUCAUUUUACAAGAGUUUUAGCAAUGAGGUCUAGGUCUUGACAGAAAUCCGCCACUGCAACAUCAUUAGGCUUUAUGGUUUCUGUUUGCACAACGGCUGUAUGUUUUUGGUGUAUGAGUAUAUGGAAAAGGAAAGCUUGUUCUAUAACCUAGCCAUUGAUGAAGAAGCUCAAGAGCUGAACUGGAGUAAGAGGGUAAACAUUAUCAAAGGGACUGCACUUGUUCUCACUCAUAUGCACCAUCAUUGCACUCCACCCAUUGUCCAUCGAGAUGUAACUAGUACCAAUGUUUUGUUGAGUUCAAAUUUAGAGGCUUGUCUAUCAGAUUUUGGUACAGCUAAACUACUUUCUUCUGAUUCAUCUAAUCAAACUCUAUUAGCUGGCACUCCUGGAUACAUUGCUCCAGAGAUGGCUUAUAACAUCAAUGUGACAACAAAAUGUGAUGUUUAUGGUUUUGGUGUGGUGACUUUGGAAACAAUAAUGGGCGAACACCCUAAGGAACUAAUUUCCAAUGUGUCAAAACCAUCUGGUCCAAAGAUCAUGCUCAAAGAUAUACUGGAUUCACGUAUUCAAUUGCCUUUUCUUCGAAAAGACAUGCAGGAUAUUGUACUUGUUGUAACAUUAGCAUUAGCAUGCUUGCAUCCCAACCCAACAUCAAGACCUUCAAUGCAGAACAUAGCUAAUGAGCUUUUGUUUUCAAACUCGCCAUUGCUUUGGCAUUUUGAUGGCAUUUCAAUCCACCAACUUGUGAAUCAAGAAAUAUAUGCAAUAGGUAAAACUUAGGAGA